AUGAUGAUGAGGAUGAUGAUGAUUGACGCGCUCGUGCCUUCACUGACAGCUCGAGACUCACAGCAGCUGCGCGCGACUCAGACUCCUUCAGCCUUCAGGAGCCUCGAUGACGUCAUGAGUUACUGUGGUGACGGGGGCGGGGUCUUCAGCGAGGACACGCCUCGUCCUCCAGUGCCGGGUGAGGAGGGCGGGGUCUACAGCGGUAGAACUGCUUCUCAUUGGUCGGAGGGCUGUGAGGGCGGGGUCUACAGCAGUAGGACUGCUUCUUAUUGGUCGGAGGGCUGUGGGGGCGGGGUCUACAGCGGUAGGACUGCUUGUCAUUGGUCGGGGGCCCCGGUGCGGCGCUCUGAUGGGGAUCUGGGGUUGAAGCCCGAGGGCAGCGCGGCGCUGGACGGUCCGGUCGAGCCCUGGGCCGAGACGCUGCUCACGCUGCUGGAGGACCGCGACGGCACGGCUCUGUUCCUGCGCUUCCUGCAGACGCUGGGCUGUGCGCCGCUGCUGGAGUUCUGGUUCGCCUGCAGCGGCUUCCAGAAGGUUCCCGAGGAUGCCACGGAGCGCCGGCUCAAGCUGGCCAGAGCCAUGUACCGCUGCUAUCUGUGUGAUGGGGUGGUGUCCCGCAGGAUCUCCGCCGAGGCCAGGUGUGGUAUACGGGACAGCAUCCUGCAGCUGCGGCUAGACUCCGCCCUCUUUGAGCCGGCGCACGCACAGGUGCAGGAGGAGCUACAGGACAGACUGUUCCCACGCUUCCUCCAAUCAGACCUGUAUCUGGAACACACCUCACCAGAGACACGCCUAGCAGGACACCAGGCCACGCCCCCUCAGGGGGAGGAGCCUGAGAAAGAGACCCUCCCUCCCCACAGCGCAGCCAAUCAGAAGCGUCCAGGCAGUCAGGAGUACAGACAGCGACGUCACGCGUGUCAUCGACACCACCGAACACGAGAGAGAGACACGAGACACACACACCUGCCACACACACCGGUGAAGAUGACGCCACACACCUUCGCAGCGGAGCUGAUGAGACGACUGCAGGAGCUGCACACACACACACAGACUCACAGUCUGAGACCCACGGUGAGCUCAUCACAUGCACGUUCACAUCUUUGGGUUAAUAUUAUAAAGCGUCAGUCCUCUCUCUGGUGA